AUGCACUCUAAAUCCACAAUCGGAGUUGAAUUUCAGACGCAGACCAUGGAGAUCGACGGCAAGGAGGUCAAAAGCUUAGAUUUGGGACACUGUCGCACCACUUUCGAUAGCGUCACCAGAUGGAUUAAAGAACUCAAAAAUCUGACUGAAACUGCAACUCAUUCGGAUACAACAUCGGUGAGGAUGUUGGUUAGGAAUAAAUGUGAUUUGGGGAAUAUUCAAGCUGAAAGUGUUGAAGAUGGGAAGAAACUUGCAGAAAACGAAGGAUUAAUCUUCAUGGAAACAUCUGCACUUGAUUCAACUAACGUGAAAACAACUUUCGAGUUGGUGAUUAAAGAGAUCUACAACAAUGUUAGCAGGAAAGUAGUAAACUUUGAAUCGUAUAAAUCGUUUUUGUUCCUUCGUUGUUUAUGA